AUGCCGAGGGGCUUUUCCUCCCUCUCCCACAAGCGUGACGCGGUGCUGCACGGCAAGUGGGGAUGUUCGCGGAUCCGGCUGGUGCGGUUUGCGGAGGGAGGAUUCGGCUUCGCCAGCCCUGGGCGAGGGCUCCCGUUGAAGAGGUGUGCCCUCGGCUCAAGGGAGGAGCCCGAAUUUGUGACCGCUCGCGCUGGCGAGAGCGUGGUCCUGGGAUGCGACGUGAUCCACCCGCUCACGGGGCAGCCCCCUCCUUAUGUUGUGGAGUGGUUCAAGUUUGGCGUCCCCAUCCCCAUCUUCAUCAAGUUUGGGUUUUACCCUCCCCAUGUCGACCCAGAGUAUGCCGCUCGGGCCAGCCUGCACGACAAAGCCUCCCUGCGCAUUGAGCAGGUCCGCUCCGAGGACCAGGGCUGGUACGAGUGCAAAGUGCUCAUGCUGGACCAGCAGUACGACACCUUCCACAACGGCAGCUGGGUCCACCUCACGGUCAACGGGAGUGAGAUGCUGCCACGCUGCCCGGCGAGGCUGCCGCCCUCCUGCCUGCUCACGAGCUCGGAGGGCUUGGGAAGGAAGGAGCGAGGGAAGCCAGAGGAGGAGGGUGCCUGCUUUGCCUGCACCAUGUGCAUGGAUCCUCCAAACCGCCGGCCCGAGGGGCUGGAAGUGGCCAUCGGUGUGAGCGACGGGAGCCUUACGGUGCUCUCCAUCAGCCGGGAGGACAGGGGUGCCUACACCUGCCGGGCGUACAGCAUCCAGGGGGAGGCUGUGCACACCACGCGCCUGCUCGUUCAAGGACCUCCCUUCAUCGUUUCCCCUCCGGAGAACAUCACGGUCAACAUCUCCCAGGAUGCGCUCUUCACCUGCCAGGCCGAGGCGUACCCCGGGAACCUCACCUACCUGUGGUACUGGGAGGAGGAGAACGUCUACUUCAAGAACGACCUGAAGUUGAGGGUGCGGAUCCUGAUCGAUGGGACGCUGAUCAUUUUCCGUGUCAAGCCAGAGGAUGCUGGAAAAUACACCUGUAUCCCCAGCAACAGCCUGGGCCGCUCGCCAUCAGCCUCUGCCUACCUGACGGUGCAGUAUCCUGCCCGCGUGGUGAACAUGCCCCCCGUCAUCUACGUUCCCAUCGGGAUACACGGAUACAUCCGCUGCCCGGUCGAGGCAGAGCCCCCGGUCACUCUGGUCAAGUGGAACAAAGACGGACGUCCCCUACGAAUCGAGAAGUAUUCUGGCUGGAACCUGCUGGAAGACGGGUCAAUCCGGAUAGAGGAGGCAACCGAAGAUGCUCUCGGCACUUACACCUGUGUGCCUUAUAAUGCCCUGGGUACGAUGGGCCAGUCUCCCCCUGCCCGACUGGUACUGAAGGACCCCCCCUAUUUCACGGUGCUACCAGGCUGGGAGUACAGACAGGAGGCAGGGAGGGAGCUGUUGAUUCCUUGCGCUGCUGCCGGAGACCCCUUUCCCAUCAUCGCCUGGAGAAAGGUAGGGAAGCCCAGCAGGAGCAAGCACAACACACUGCCCGGCGGCACCCUGCAGAUCCGCUCCCUCGGCAAGGAUGACCAUGGCGAGUGGGAGUGCAUCGCCACCAACGUCGUCGCAAGCAUUACUGCCAGCACCCACCUUACUGUCGUAGGCACAAGCCCUCACGCCCCGACCAGCGUGCACGUUGUGGCCGCCAUGACCUCAGCCAACGUCUCUUGGGAGCCCGGCUACGACGGUGGAUACGAGCAGACUUUCUCAGUUUGGAUGAAGAGAGCCCAGUUUGGCCCCCACGACUGGCUAUCUCUCCCUGUGCCAGCUGGUUCCAGUUGGCUACUGGUGGAUACCUUGGAACCAGAGACUGCAUACCAGUUCAGUGUCUUGGCUCAAAACAAGCUGGGUACCAGCUCCUUCAGUGAGGUGGUCACUGUGAACACUCUAGCAUUCCCUGUAACAACUCCAGAGCCUCUGGUGUUGGUUACCCCACCGAGGUGCCUAACAGCCAACCGGACACAGCAAGGCGUCCUCUUGUCGUGGCUUCCUCCUGCUAACCACAGCUUCCCCAUUGACCGCUACAUCAUGGAGUUCCGCGUCGCAGAGAGGUGGGAGAUCUUGGACGAUGGCAUCCCGGGGACCGAGAACGAGUUUUUUGCCAAGGACUUGUCCCAGGACACCUGGUACGAGUUCCGGGUCCUGGCGGUCAUGCAGGAUCUCAUCAGCGAACCCAGCAACGUUGCUGGCGUGUCCAGUACAGACGUAUUCCCUCAGCCUGACCUGACAGACGAGGGUCUAGCCCGCCCAGUGCUGGCUGGCAUCGUUGCCACCAUCUGCUUCCUGGCUGCUGCCAUCCUCUUCAGCACACUCGCCGCCUGCUUCGUCAACAAGCAACGCAAACGCAAGCUCAAGCGCAAGAAAGACCCUCCUCUCUCGAUAACCCACUGCAGGAAGAGUUUGGAGUCCCCGUUGUCUUCCGGCAAGGUGAGUCCCGAGAGCAUCCGCACGCUCCGUCCCCCCUCGGAGUCCUCUGAUGACCAGGGCCCACAGGCCAAGCGGAUGCUGAGCCCCACCAAGGAGAAGGAGCUCUCCCUUUACAAGAAGACCAAGCGAGCCAUCAGCAGCAAGAAGUACAGCGUCUCCAAGGCAGAGGCCGAAGCCGAGGCCACCACCCCCAUCGAGCUCAUCAGCCGCGGGCCGGACGGCCGCUUUGUCAUGGACCCGGCGGAGAUGGAGCCCUCCCUGAAGACACGGCGGAUCGAGGGCUUCCCCUUCGUGGAGGAGACGGACAUGUACCCCGAGUUCAGGCAGUCGGAUGAGGAGAACGACGACCCCGUCGUCCCCGCCUCCGUCACCGCCCUGAAAGCCCAGCUCACCCCUCUCUCCUCCAGCCAGGAGUCCUACCUUCAGCCACCAGCAUACAGCCCCCGGUUCCACCGGGCGCUGGAGGGUCCCGGUGCCCUGCAGGCCACCGGCCAGGCCCGCCCGCCGGCCCCCCGGGCUUUCCACCACCAGUUUUACGGUUACCUCAGCAGCAGCAGCCCCGGGGAGGUGGACCCGCCACCCUUCUACAUGCCAGAAGUCAGCCCGCUGAGCUCGGUCAUGUCCUCCCCGCCGCUGCCCCCCGAGGGGCCCUUCGGACACCCCACCAUCCCCGAGGAGAGUGGGGAGAAUGUCUCCAACAGCACGCUGCCCCUGGCCCAGACCCCCACGGGGGGCCGGUCCCCUGAGCCCUGGGGCAGGGCCGAGUUCCCCUUCGGCAGCCUGGAGCCGGCCCCCGCGCCGUUCCCCCACCAGCUCCAGCACUGCGAGGCGGCCGAGGGCGCCCAGCCCACCGGCUGCCUUCCUCGGGGGCCGCCCCCCUCCUCCCUGCAGGUGGUCCCCGCGUCCUACCCGGGCAUCCUGCCCCUGGAGGCACCAAAGAGCUGGACCGGCAAGUCACCCGGCAGUGGCCAACCCUCUGUGCCCACCACCACCAAGUGGCAGGACAAACCUAUGCAACCCAUGGGAUGUCAAGGGCAGCUAAGACAUACCAGCCAAGGUAUGGGCAUACCCGUGUUGCCUUACCACGAACCGUCCGAGCCCGUCGGCCCCAGCGGCACAAGCACAUUCAGCCUGGACACCAGGUGGUACGAGCCCCAACCCCGACCUCGGCCCAGCCCUCGGCAGGUCAGGAGGGCUGAGCCCAGUUUACAUCAGGUGGUGCUACAACCUUCAAGGCUUUCUCCUCUGACCCAAAGCCCCCUCAGCUCCCGCAACAGCUCCCCGGAGCUGAGCCCCGCGGCGGUCAGCUUCUCCCGCAAGUCCACGCCGUCGACAGGAUCGCCUGCGCCGAGCAGCCGGGGAGGCAGCCCCAGCUACCGACCUACCACCGCCUUCACCUCCCUGGCCACCGGCUACUCCGGCUCCCAGGGCUCCUCCCUGCCCAUGGACACCAUGGAUGUUUUCGGAGACAUCCCCUCUCCGAGGAGGGCCGGCGAGGAGAUUCUCCAACCGGAGCCGACAUCCACCACGGUAGCCGCCACGGGAAAACGUCCAUCUCCGUCCGGGGACGCUGCUGCACCUGAGAGGCUCGAAGCUCUGAAAUACCAGCGGAUAAAGAAGCCCAAAAAGUCAUCCAAGGGCUCCUCGAAAUCCAGAAAACAAUCCAAUGGCUCUGCCUCCCAGGUUCAGCACCUUCCCAGCUCUCAGGUACUGUGGCCUGACGAAGCUGUCUGCCUCCGCAAGAAGAAGAGACACCCUCGUCAGGACCCCUUCGCCCGCCUCUCGGCGCUGAAGGACGACCUCUGCCACCGGCAGCUCCCCGGAGAGCAGACAGCCAUUCUCAACAGCGUGGACCACGACGCCACCGGCGUGCACGCCACGUUGCUUUAG